AAAAUUCAACUCAAAAGGAAAAAAAAAAAAAUAAAUAAAUCAAGAAUUCUACCAUCUUCUUCGUCAACCCUCUCUCCGCGGGGGAGGAGGGUUGUUUCCUCCCCAAUGGUCCCUUUUAUCGAACGGUUUGUCGCGUUUUGAUCGUACGCGCCCCAGGCGACGGGCCAUUCACUUUCGUUUCGUCGGGGUGGUUGCACGAUGCGUCGCGCGAAGGGUAGAGGGUUGAAGAGGGUCGCGCAGCCGCGUUGACCGUUGUCCAGGCGGUGGAUCGCGGAUUAUCCUCGCACCUGCACGAUCGAGAGGACGGGAACGUGCGAGGAGGGUUGGCGGCAAAUUGGUGAAUCCAGUUGGAAAACACGAGCAGCCAAGAUAAGGGGAUCACGAGUCGCGAACGGGGAGUCCAGUGAGUAUUUCCAUCCCCUUUCGGAGAGAAUUUUUAUCGGCGCGAAAAGAAAGGGAAGUGGCGUCGGUUGAAAGAAACGUUUGUCGAAGAAACAGGAGAAAAUAAAAUUAUUGCGUUUUCGAGGAAUUAUUGGAUUAUCGAGUUGAUAUUUCUAUUGGAAUUUUGAUCGAACGGUUGAUAAAAAAAGCAUUAUUCAAAUGUCGUUUGAAAUUGGGAAGAAAUAUCGUUCUUGUGGUCAAGAGGUUAUAUUAAAGAGAAAUAUCUAUAAUUGUAAUUUAAUAUAGUUUCUUUUCUUUCAUCUGGAAUUAGGGGCGAGAAACAAAGUAGCAAAUUGUAGUUACAAGUUGGAGGAAACGGAAAGAGCAAGCAGGUGUUCAAUGUAAAGUACUCCGUUGCAUUAUUAAUGAACCGGGAUUCUCGUGACAAUCUCUACUUACCGAUCGAUACUUUCGAACGUGUUUUCCCUAUUGCGGCUGGGCUCCAUUAAAAAUUAAUCUCACGCCGUGCCAAUUCGUAAUUCAUAAUCCAAAUGUAUUUAUAAUCGCACGUUCCGCGACAAAACAUCGCAAUUAUUUUUUUGCAUAUUCUCCCGGUUCAAACUUGUUCAAACAACGUCAAACCUCGAGCAAUUCCCAUUAUUUCUCGAUAAUUAUCAUAUCUACUGCCCAAAAUCACCACUAAACAAUUCCAAUCUCGGUUCAAACCCUCUCAAACAACCUCAAACCACGAACGAUGAUAAACAGCGAUAAACGGGCAACGGGAAAUAUCCAGUCGCAUAAACGCGGCAAGUCGCAGCGUAAUCGAUAACACAAUAUUAUGACGUAUACGCGCAUAAACGUCCAGCCUGUGAACCGCUCUGCAAACCACCCUGAGCCGGAGAAACCGUUCAACAAGUCGAGGCCAGCGAUCCUGGCAUUGACACUACUAAGCCAGGUGUUGUAUUAUUUAACGUGUCCACGAUCAAUGAUCGUUUUCUUAUGGAUCGAGCGAAUCGUAAUAUUUCCGUCGUAAUAUUUCCGCGAUGGCGGCGCACUUGGCCGAGCUCGUUCGAAGAAUAGGCUUGGAUUCGUUGAACUGAUCGCAACAUCUUCGGAUAAUACAAGUCCGGCAGGAUGUUGGACCGUUUUAGGGCCGCGUUCAAGUGUUCUGUACCGAAAUGUGGCAAUUUCCGGUUUCCAGGGAUGGAGAAGCCCGAAUCCUCGACCGGGGAUGGGAGCAAUGGAGAACUCGAGGACAGGGAUCCGAACAGUUUGAACAAACACCUGCAGGUGAUGUGGGAUGACGUGAUCGGUGAACCGGAAGGAAUACGCAGUCCGGAGUGCGCGUGGCGGUUGAGCGGGCACUGCUUUCGAUUGUCCAGAAGAUGCUGUUACGUGUUCCUCUCCGUCCUGAUCGCCCCCUUUCUCUCUCUCUGCCUAGGCCUCACCUUCGCCUGCCUCGCGUUUCAGCAUAUAUGGUGUUUGGCACCGUGUCUCCGCGUUUGGAAAAUCACUUGUGCCGCGACGAGGAAUUUCCUUAGCGCUGUCACACAUGCCAUCGUGCGUCCCAUCAUGGACUCCCUUGGCUAUCUGUUUCACAACAUUCGGAUAUUCAACAAGAAAUUGCCCGAUGGUCCUGCGGAGAAGGACGAUAUCCUCGUGGUGUAGAAUCGAUAAAGUUUUAUCAAGUGCCUUUCGAAUCGAUCGAUAAUGAUCACAAUGAAAUAUUCUAUCUCUCUCUCCUCUUUUUCCAGUAACAAUCGUUUUUCACAUUUCUAUUCCGUGAUUGCAAUUUUAAUUGUUUACGGUGUAGAAUUGUCAGUAGUGAAAAAUACUGGUUAAUCUUUGAUUAUAUUAUAUAUUUGAAUCAUUAAAAUAAUAAUAAUAUAUAUAUCUAUUGUUAUAAAUUUUUGUAAAUAAAAUACAUUCUAAGAAC